GAUCGUUUUUUUCUCUUAAACCAACUGGCAAUUUAUCACAUCAUCAACAUCAAUCGAAAUCGAAUUCGUUAAAUUCAAAUAUCAACAUCAUGGCUACAAAUAAUUGUCAAUCAAUUAUGACAAUAGUUUGCUGUUUGAUUGGUUCAACAUUUUUAUUUACUUUGAUGGCUAAUGCAUCACCAUUUUAUGGUAGUCUUAGUGAUAAUGAUGGUAUCAUAUUCACUGGUGUUAAUGGUGAAGAAUUACCGCGAAUUAUCAACAAUAAUAAUAAUCAAGAUGUUUUACGCAGAAUUUCAUUCGAUUCGGAUGAUUACCUGAAUCCAUCAUCGAUACGUUCGGGAUGGCUUAUACCAUCAUGGCUAAUUGAACAAUCAUUACCAUUAUCAUCGUAUAGUCAGAUUAAAAGAGAUUUUAGUAAAAAACACAAAAGUCGAGAUAUAUUACGUGGAUUGGCUGUUAAACGUAAUCAAAUGAUUGAUGUACCAUCAUCAUCAUCAUCAUCGUCAUCUUCAUCAAUUUAUCCACCACAGACGAAAGGAAAUAAAUACUAAUUCCAAAAAAAAACACAAAAGUCAUUAUCAUCAUCACAUCAAAUGCCAUUCAUUCAUGAUUUUUAUUAUUGAAAAUGAACAA